CAUCCCUCCCUCCCACUGCACGCACGCACACACCCGGUGGAGACAUGUAGUCCCAUGUAGGAGCAGCCAGGAGAAUCUGUAGCCUUCAGCUCCCAUCUUUUUUUCAGCAGCAUCAUCUCACGAUAUCGACAUAAUGUGUGAGCGUCUCCCGGAGGGGAAAUAACCAAACAUGUGGAUACCGACGGAAGAGGAGAAAAUCGCAGUUGUGAUCUGCAACUUCCGGUCAGCAAUAUGCCAGGCCCUGGUCUUGGAGAUCGGGGAAACCGUCCAGAUUUUGGAGAAGAGUGAAGGUUGGUACAGGGGCUUUUCCAGCAAGAAGCCCUCUAUCAAGGGCAUCUUCCCAGUCAGCUACGUCCACUUGAAGAAAUCCACAGUGACCAACAGAGGGCUGUGUGAGACGGUGGUGCCCCUCGAGGACCCCAUUAUCACCGAGACCACCUCCACACUGCAGGAAUGGGGGGUCCUGUGGAAGCAGCUCUACGUGAAACACAAGGUGGAUCUAUUCCACAAGUUGCGCCACGUGAUGAACGAGCUCAUCGACCUGCGCCGGCAGCUGAUCCAGGGUCACCUCGCCCAGGACCAGACCCGCGAGAUCAAGCGGCACAUCACCGUGCGGCUCGACUGGGGCAACGAGCACCUCGGCUUAGACCUUGUUCCCAGAAAAGAGUUUGAGAUGGUGGAUCCAGACCAGAUCAGCAUAUCAGAGCUGCACAAACUGCACGUUUCCAGCAGACACUGCGGCCAGCAAAGCACAAGCCAGGGACAAUUCACACCCAUCAACAGUUGUACUGGCGACAGCACGAGACAGCGGCACGGCGACGGUUGCCGCGUCCCCGUGUCGCACCACCUCUUCAUCAACCUCAAGAGCUUCACGUACAACAGCAUCAGCGAGGACGCCGACGUCUUCUUCUCCCUGUACGACACCCGGGAGGCCAAACAGAUCAGCGAGAAGUUCAUGGUGAAGCUGAACAAGAACGGAGGACCAAAGAACCCGGAGAAGGUCGACCGCCUGUGCGCCCUCUUCACGGACCUGAGCAGCAAAGACCUGAAGAGAGACCUGUACAUUGUCGCACACGUCGUGAGAACCGGUCGCAUGCUGCUGAACGAUUCAAAGAAAGGCCCUCCUCACGUGCAGUACAGGCGGCCGUACGGCUGCGCCGUUCUGGCCAUGAGUGACGUUUUCCACACCAUCACGGACCUCAAGGAGGAGAAGGACUUCGUGCUCAAAGUUUACACGUGCAACAACGAGAACGAGUGGCACCAGAUUCAGGAGAACAUCAUCCGCAAGUCCAACACCAAGUACUCCGCUCCCAGCACCAACUACGGCCUCAUCAUCUCCCUGCAGCUGCUGCGAGGUGAGCUGGAGCAGAUCAGGCGGGAGAACCAGGCCGUGUUCAACAGGGCUCUGGCUCUCACCCGCAAACUGGGUUUCCCCGAUGUCAUCCUGCCAGGCGACACACGCAACGACCUGUACCUGACCCUGGAGCGCGGCGAGUUCGAGAGGGGCGGCAAGAGCGUCCAGAAGAACAUCGAAGUUACGCUCUUUGUGCUCUACGCCGACGGGGACACACUCAAAGACUGCAUCAGUCUGGGCAGUGGGGAGCCGAGCAGCAGCGAGUAUCGCUCCUUCGUCCUCUACCACAACAACAGCCCCCGCUGGAGCGAGAUGGUCAAGCUGCCCAUCCCCAUAGAUCGCUUCAGGGGCUCCCACCUCCGCUUCGAGUUCAGACACUGCUCCACUAAAGACAAAGGAGAGAAGAAACUGUUUGGCUUUGCGUUCACUCCUCUGAUGCGAGAAGACGGGACCACGCUGUCGGACGAGAGCCACGAGCUGUAUGUGUACAAGUGCGAUGAAAGCGCCACCUUCAGCAACCAGGGCCUGUACCUCAGCCUGCCCUGCUGUAAGGAGGACUUCAACAGCUGCCCCAACCUGCCGGCCAACCUGCCGUUCCAGAGGAGCCCCAAAGAAACCUUCUGGGUCUCCACCAUCCUCUGCUCCACCAAGCUCACUCAAAAUGUGGACCUCCUGGCUCUGCUCAACUGGAAGGCCCAUCCCGACCGGGUGCUGGACAUCCUCGGCCGCUUACGUCAGAUCAGCGGGGAGGAGAUCGUGAAGUUCCUGCGAGACGUCUUGGAUACGCUCUUCUGUCUCUUAGACGACAACACUGAUAAAUAUGGACCGCUGGUGUUCCAGUCACUGGUGUUCAUCAUUAACCUGCUCAGGGACAGCCGAUUCUACCACUUCCGACCCGUCAUGGACUCCUACAUCCAAAACCACUUUGCUGGAGCUUUGGCGUACAAGGAACUGAUUCGAUGCCUGAAGUGGUACAUGGACCGCUCGGCCGAGGUCAUCCGACAGGACCACAUCCAGGAGGCCAUGCGGGCUCUGGAGUACCUGUUCAAGUUCAUCGUCCAGUCUCGGAUCCUCUACUCGAGGGCCACCUGCGGCAUGGAGGAGGAGACGUUCAGGGCCAGCAUCCAGGAGCUCUUCCAGUCCAUCCGUUUCGUCCUCAGUCUGGACGGCCGCAGCUCGGAGAACCUGGUGUUCACGCAGGCAGCGCUGCUGAACAGUUUCCCCGAUAUAUUUGAUGAGCUGCUGCAGAUGUUCACCGUUCAGGAGGUUGCCGAGUACGUCCGCGGCACCCUGGGGAGCAUGCCCAGCACCGUGGACAUCGGCCAGUCCAUGGACGUGGUCAAACUGCAGUCCAUCGCUCGCACGGUGGAGAGCCGCCUCUUCUUCUUCCCCGAGUCUCGUAGUAUUCUGCUGCCGGUGGUUCUGCAUCACAUCCACCUGCAUCUGCGCCAGCAGAGGGAGCUGCUCAUCUGCUCUGGGAUCCUGACCAGCAUCUUUUCCAUAAUAAAGACCAGCUCCAUGGAGUCUUCUGUUCAGGAGGAAGUGGAGAUGAUGGUGGAGAGCCUCCUGGAUGUGCUGCUGCAGACUCUGCUGUCCAUCAUGAGCAAGACUCACUCGGUGGAGACGGCCAGAGGACAACGCUGUCCCCAGUGCACCGCCGAGAUCACGGGCGAGUACGUCUCCUGCCUCCUCUCUCUGCUUCGGCAGAUGACGGAGCUCCACUUCCACCAUCUGCUCAACAACUUCCACAGCAAAGAGGAGCUGAAGGAGUUCCUGCUGAAGAUCUUCUGCGUGUUUCGCAAUCUGAUGAAACUGACCAUCUUCCCCCGGGACUGGAGCGUCAUGAGGCUUCUAACCAGUCACAUCAUCGUGGUGACCACACAGUUCCUGUCCCCGGCGCUGCACAAGAACUUCUCAGAGGCCGACUUUGAUUUCAAGGUGUGGAACUCGUUCUUCAGCCUCACCGUGCUGUACAUCAACCAGCCCAGUCUGCAGCUGGAGGCGCUCGGCCCGGUCAAGAGGAAGAAAGUUCUGGACAAGCACGGGGACAUGCGGGUGACCAUGGCCUACGAACUCUUCAGCAUGUGGCAGAAAUUAGGCGACAACAAGCCUCACUUCAUCCCGGGGAUGAUGGGCCCGUUCCUCGGCGUCACCCUGGUGCCGCAGGUCGAGGUGCGGAACAUCAUGAUCCCCAUUUUCCACGACAUGAUGGAUUGGGAGCAGAGGAAAAACGGCAACUUCAAACAGGUGGAGGCAGAGCUCAUGGAUAAGCUCGACAGCAUGGUGUCGGACGGGAAAGGCGAUGAUAAUCACAGAGAGCUCUUCAGCCUUUUGACGCAGCUCUUUGGUCCGUACCCGAGCCUGCUGGAGAAGAUCGAGCAGGAGACCUGGAGGGAGACGGGGAUCUCCUUCGUCACGUCGGUCACGAGGCUCGUCGAGCGACUGCUGGAUUACAGGGACUGCAUGAAGGGAGACGAGAUGGAGAACAAGAAGAUUGGUGGCUCCGUCAACCUGAUGAACUUCUACAAAUCAGAGGUCAACAAGGAGGACAUGUACAUCCGUUACAUCCACAAGCUGUGUGACCUGCACCUCCAAGCAGAGGACUUCACAGAGGCGGCGUUCACCCUGCUGCUGUACUGGGAGCUUCUGCAGUGGGAGGACCGGCCCCUGAGGGACUUCCUCCACUACCCCUGUCAGAGCGAGUGGCAGCGCAAGGAGAACCUGAGUCGUAAGAUCCUGCACUACUUCAACAAGGGCAAGUGCUGGGAAUACGGAAUCUCUCUCUGCCGGGAGCUGGCUUUCCAGUACGAGACCCUGUACGACUAUCAGAGCCUCAGCUGGAUCCGGAAAAUGGAGGCGGCAUAUUACGACAACAUCAUCGAGCAGCAGAGGAUCGAGCCGGAGUUCUUCAGGAUGGGAUUCUACGGCAGGAAGUUUCCCUUCUUCCUCCGGAACAAGGAGUUUGUCUGUCGCGGUUAUGACUACGAACGACUUGAGGACUUCCAGCAAAGGAUGCUGGGAGAAUUUCCACAAGCCAUCGCCAUGCAGCAUCCCAACCAACCCGACGACACCAUCCUGCAGAGCGAGGCUCAGUACUUGCAGAUCUACGCGGUGACGCCGGUGUCGGACAUCUCGGACGUGCCUCAGCUGGAGCGAGUGCCCGAGAGGAUCAAGAGCUUCUACCGCAUUAACAACGUCAGCCGCUUCCACUACGACAGGCCCUUCCACAAGGGGCCCAAGGACCGCGAGAACGAGUUCAGGAGUCUGUGGAUCGAGAGGACGACCCUGAUCCUGUCCCGUCCUCUGCCUGGGAUCUCCCGCUGGGCCGAGGUGGAGAGGAGAGAAGUGAUGGAGGUGAGCCCUCUGGAGAACGCCAUCUACGUGGUGGAGAAUAAGACCCAGGAGCUGCGGACUCUGAUCAGCCAGUACCAGCACCGGCAGCACCACGGCAACAUCAACCCGCUCAGCAUGUGCCUCAACGGGGUCAUCGACGCCGCCGUCAACGGGGGCAUCGCCAGAUAUCAGGAGGCCUUCUUUGACAAGGACUACAUCAGCAGUCACCCAGAAGACACGGAGAGGAUCACGCACCUGAAGGACUUGAUGCAGGAGCAGGUGCACAUCCUCGGAGUCGGGCUGGCGGUCCACGAGAAGCUGGUGCAUCCCGAGAUGCGCCCCCUGCACAAGAAGCUCGUGGACCAGUUCCACAUGAUGAGGACGGGCCUGCAUCACUACAUGGUUGGGUCCCAGCAGGGGGUCUCCGGCGGCGAUCGGUUCGGCACCGCGGGCUGCCAGGGGGUCAACUCCCCGAGAGGCAUCCUCUCCUCCCACAGCCACAUGAGCCCCGAGAGUGUCCGCCUCAUCCACAGACACAGCCCUCUGAGCCUUCAGGCUUCGAUCCGCCACUCGUCGUCCUCCCUGUCCUCCCACACGUCGAGCGAGGCGGGGAACCUGGUCAUAAUGACCGACGGCCUGAUGGGGGAGCACCCCGAGGACGCCUCGCACAUGCAGCCGAGCCCCUCCUCCUCCAGCCUGAGCUCCAUCCGCUCCAACUCCUCCCAGAUCAUCAACUCUGCCCCCUCGAGUGCCCGAGGCUCCCCGUCUCUCCCCGACAAGGCCAAGCACAACCGGGAAGUGAUGAUCCUGCUGCCGUCCCACCGCGAGAGGGUCAGCAGCUCCAUGUACUACGGCAUGGCGGACAGCGGACAGAACAACCACAUGCAGCGCGCCUUGCUUCAGCAGAUCAGCCCCUGUAAGCCGUGCGCGGAUCCCCACGUCAACCCACCGGAGAAAGUGUUUCCCAACGUUCCCAGCAGCUGGAGUCUGGAUGGAGAGAACAGGGAGCAAAUGUCCUACAUGCCGGCUUCUACUGGAGGUGUGAUCAUGCCUCCCGUGCCCCCCAGGUCCUUCCCCCCAGGACACUUCCUGAUGCACUGUGAUGCGUUCCACCACCAGAACAGCGAGCCCCCCCCCACCCUGCCCGUCCGCUCCCUCCGAAAGUCUCCUCUCCACCCGAUCCCUGGCUCGCCCACCAGCCCCCAGUCGGCGCUGGGCGGCAGUAACUCCACCCUCUCCGGCAGCGCCAGCAGCGGCGUCUCCUCCCUGAGCGAGAGCAACUUCGGGGGCCAGUACCCGGACCCGGGCCCCAUCCGCAACGACGCCCUGGAGCCCCUCCCCAGUCACCUGUGGUCGCCGCCCGACGAGUACCUGGCCUCCCCCUACCUGCACAUCCACUACGGGGGGCCGGACAUGGAGGCGGUGGACCCGGUCCGCCCCUUCCACUACCGCAGCCCCGCCUCGCACCCGCACCCUCACGCGCACGCCCACCCGGGUCUGGACGGCCACUCCCACGGGCCGCCGCCGCCUCACCAGCACCACCACCACCACCACCACCCGGCCCCCGGCCCCCACGGCCCCCACCACAUCCCCUACCGGAGGCCUCAGCCGCCGGCCGUGCCGCCCAAGCCCUACCUGAGGGAGGGCUGCAUCCCGGAGGAGGAGCUGCUGGCGCCGCAGCCCGUCCCGCUGCCGCGCCGGAUCUUCCACUCGCCACACGGCCACCGGGAGGACGGCGGGAAACACGCCUGGGAGCAGUGCAUCAGCGAGGAGCACGAGGAGGCCCAGUGAGGAGGAGGAGGAGGAGGAGGCUUCUAGGCUCCUCGCCUCCUUACCUCCGUCUGGGGGGGAGGGGUUUAAAAGGAGCGCGUCGGACCACAUUGAUAUUGAUUGUGCGCCCGUCUGUGAGCAUGUUUCUGUUUCGUUCAUCUGAGAAUAAUGAGACCCCAGGUGCAGGAGGAGCUCUGAACCUCCUCCAUUCCGCUCCUCCAUAUAUAGGAACCCUUAUUUUGAUAAUAAUACAGAAUACAUUAUAGUGUUUUUAAAGGCUUAUGUCCAUUAUUACACUGUUAAGUGCUCCUUAAUAGUGAAUCACAUCGAAGGACCUGAAACUUCCCCCAAAACCUCUGUGAAUGUAUUCAGAUCCAAUCUUUGUGUUGCGCAAUCUGCAAUGCUGUCUUUUUUUUGGUUUCAGUUAAGUGCUUUAAUUUCAGUCUGUGUUGGUGUAAAGGGGGGGGGGGAUUCUUUAUUUUGUCUUUUUUAUGUAUGUGACAAAGACACCCGGAGAGGAGGAAGACGAUGUUUCAUGAACAGGAAACUUCCACCCACCACUCUGUCUCCACCUUUUGGUCCUUCUCUGUGUGCCGUGAGCAGGGAGCAGGGAACCUUGGACCCCCCCCCUCGCUGAGCCCACGGUCUCGGACAGCGUUGGAAUCGCCUACCUGCCUUAAAGUGCACUCGAAUGCAGUUUGGACCGCGAGAAGCUCAUUUCGGGGACAGCCGUCCCCUCCUUUUCAUUCCCUUCACUCGACGCUCCUCGAAGAACAAAAAAAAAAAAAACCCAAGUAGAAGAUAUCUAGCUAGUGAUGUUUUGUAUGGUUUGGUGGCGCUUUAGUUUCAGGCUGUUGUUGGGUUCUUAGCGCUGAUAUUUGUUGUUCUCUCCCCUCCUCGGAGCACCAACGACGUCUUCGUGAGGGACAGGAAGGAACGGAAGGAUAAAGCUAAUAUUUGAACAACAAACUCGUUUUCCUGGUUGUUUUGUUUUUCUGUUUUGGUUGUUCUUUUUAUUUUUUUUGCAGGUGGACGCUUUGUGUUUGUGUAACAUCAGGUUGUCAGCCGAGUAGACAACAAUCUAUUUUUGUAUGUGAGCUCAUGGGUUGUGUGGACGUGUUCCAGUGGGUGCUGCUUUGUACGGCGUGUCACACGGGUGGAUAAACUGGGGACUGAAGCGAUGCUCACAAUAUCCGUAUAAUAGAAUUUUUCAAUGUAAAUUCUGUUAUUGUACAUAAAGCAGUAUUGUGAAAUAUUUUUGAGAAUUAUUGCAGACGCCCCUGAAAAAGGUUUAUUGUCGUUUUGUGUAUAUACGUGUACUCCAGAGAUCAGUGUAAUUGAUAAAUAUCUAUAAUCAGUGUUUGAAAAAGGACAAAUCCAUUAGACCGUGUCUCGACUUUGAGUCUUCUCAUAUAAAUACUUUAUACACUUUUCAAUGUGCUUUCCUGUACAUAUGGUGUUAGCAUGAUCAAACUGUGUUUGGUUGUAAAAGUGGUUUUCCUACUCCCAUAACUGCUGUGGUAUGGAAUUCAUUAACGAUGCCAAACAUUAAAGACAAUCUUUUAUCAGCG